UGUUUUUAUACGGCUGCGCAUCUGAUCUGCGCAGAUGAGGAACACUACUCCACCGUUCAUGAAGUGCAUACAAUUUUUUUUUAAGACAAAUAAACCAACAAACGUUUUAAUUAGUGUAUCUGUGACCAACAAACGAUUGCGCAUCGAUUGAGCCGAAAAUGAUAAAAAAUUAAUUUUCGUCCGGCUAACUUCCCACAAAAUUUUCUUAAAAAAAAAAGUAUUAGCCAACAAAAAUUUUAAUUAGGCCAACAACAACUGACAAACGACCAACAAACGAUUCGUAAAAAAAAGUUGCCCGUCUAACUUCCGGAGCUCCUUUUUUUAUUUGAAAGAAGAAAAAGGAUAGAAAAUGUUUUGUAGCAUUCGCAGUGCUAACUGGACUACAGUCUAUCAGGAAUCAGGAAUAUCAGGAUAUAUCAUACUAAUAUGGCGGCGCGCAGUCGCGACGUCGCGAGAAUUUUUAUUACUUCAUCUUUUCAAGUAUUGCGUGUGUAUUAAUUCCAGAAAUAAUAAUUUCUUUCUACAUGUUCAUACUUUCAUAAGCUUUCCUGUUAAAAUAUAUAUCUUGAAGAAAUCGGUGGAGUCGGCAACACGAGCGUAUAGCAUAUUACCACGAAAAAGUUAAACGUUCCACUGAACGGCCGGUGUUUGAUCAUUACGUAGCGUCCACGUGAGACUUUCUGAACUUCCUGGGAGCACGAUUGGAAUGCUCGCAACGCAUCGUGAUAAAUCGUUCGUGACGGAUACGUAACUUCUAGACCAGUGCAAAAUGGAACCACAGAGUAUCGCUUUGAGCCUGCUUGCGCUCCACGUUACGAUGCUGAUGACGGCGAUCGCGCAAGAGCCCAAGAAGAAAUCGUGGCGCGAUAAGGAUAUACGAGACAUGACGGAGGCUGAUCUGGAACAUUUGCUGGAUCAGUGGGAAGAAAACGAGGAACCCCUGGAGCCAGAUGAGCUGCCUGAGCACUUGCAACCCAGUCCAAAGAUAGACAUAUCCCAAAUAGACACUACAAAUCCAGACAACUUGCUGAGGAUGACGAAAAAGGGGAAAGGCGUUAUGAUGUUCGUCGACGUCAAGCCAGACAUUUCGGAAGAGCAAGCGGACGUUGCAAUGCGCAUCUGGCAGAGUAGUCUGCGAAACAAUCACAUCAUUGCAGAAAGAUAUCCAAUCGACACGAAACGUUCGAUAUUCAUGUUCCACGAAGGAUCCCAAGCCGUUGACGCUAAGAAUUACUUGCUGGAGCAGCCCGAACUGUCUCAUCUCACUCUUGAAGGACAGACGUAUUACAGGGACAAGCAACAACAGGCUGCAGCUGAUGAAGCGAUGAAGAAAGAAGGUGCCAAGGCACGAAGCAAAGUUGACUUGUAAUCCCGUGUAUACAUUCCCGUGUAAGCGAAUCCAAGACAUUUCCCGUUUUCAUCUAUUUUCAUAUGAAUAUUCUUUGAGAAUACUUUUUCGACUUUACUCAUUAUCACGAAACGAAUUAUUUUCUACAAAGUGUCAAGUGUACCAAGUUCGAGCGUCGGUGUGUAUGGUAAAUAAAAUAAUUGGUAUGCUA